AUGAUCUGUGACAUUCAAGAGUCAGUGAAAUCUUACAGAGGUUGUGCCCUUGCAGCCAAGUCACCACCAGUAAAAUUUCAACUGUGGCCUAAAACCGACAGUCCAUGGACCAGGCUUCAUAUAGAUUCUACUGGACCAGUAAAUGGCGUAUAUUACCUGAUUAUGGUAGAUAGUUACACUAAGUGGCUGGAAAUAUGUAGAUGUAGGAAACCAACCUCUAUGGUAACAAUAGAAUUACUUCAUGAACUCUUUGCAGGAUAUGGUGUCCUGGACACCAUAGUAUCCAAUAAUGGUAUGCAGUUGGAGUUUAAAAAGUUUUGCAAAUGUACACAAUUGAACACAUCUCUACUCCACCAUAUCAUCCAAGAUCAAAUGGGCAAGCAGGAUGGUUCGUGGAUACAUUUAAAAGAGCAUUAA